AUGAGGACCAACAGGUCUCCAGAGGAGAGCACUGAGGGAGAUGCCAGAAGAACAGAGUGCAAGCCCACGGUGAGAGAUGCUUUCAAAGACAUCUCCGUAUACUUCUCCAAGGAAGAAUGGGAAGAAAUAGGAAAAUGGGAAAUAAUCCGAUAUAGGAAUGUGAAAAGAAACUACGAAGCACUGAUUGCUAUAGGGUUCAGAGCCACUCGACCGGAUUUCAUGCCUCACCGCAGGCAGGUCAUCAAGCCCCAGGUAGAUGACACUGAGGAUUCUGAUGAAGAAUGGACACCAAGGCAGCAAGGUGAGAGGCCGGGAGGAUGUGGAGGUGUCUUCCUGAAACCAGCAUGGAUGGCCUUCAGAGUGGAGCACAGUAAACACCAGAAGAGAAUGUCCAGGGCACCAUUAAGUAAGGAAUCUAGUUUGAAGGAAUUGCCGGGAGCAGCAAAAUCACUGAAGACAAGUGGCUCCAAGCAGGCUCAGAAACCAGUGCCCCAUCACAGAAAAGCAAGGACCCCUGGACAGCACCCCAGACAAAAAGUCGAACUCAGAAGAAAGGAGACUGGAGUGAGGAGGUACAGUCUACGGGAAAGAAAGGGCCACGUGUACCGAGAGGUCAGCGAGCCCCAGGAUGACGACUACCUCUAUUGUGAGGAGUGUCAGAACUUCUUCACUGACAGCUGUGCUGCCCAUGGGCCCCCAACCUUUGUAAAGGACUGUGCAGUGGAAAAGGGGCAUGCCAACCACUCAGCCCUCACUCUGCCCCCUGGGUUAAGCAUCAGACUGUCGGGCAUCCCUGAUGCUGGGCUUGGAGUGUGGAAGGAGGCAUCAGAUCUGCUGCUGGGCCUGCACUUUGGCCAUGAGGGCAAGAUCACAGACGAUGAAGAGGUCGCCAACAGUGGAUACGCCUGGCUGAUCACCAAAGGGAGAAACUGCUACGAGUAUGUGGAUGGAAACGACAUGUCUUGGGCCAACUGGAUGAGGUAUGUGAACUGUGCCCGGGACAAUGAGGAGCAGAACAUGGUGGCCUUCCAGUAUCACGGGCAGAUCUUCUACCGAACCUGCCAGGUGGUCAGGCCGGGCUGUGAGCUGCUGGUCUGUUACGGGGACGAGUAUGAUCAGGACCUUGGCAUCAAGAGGAACAGCAGGGGGAAGAGUGAGCUCACGACCCAGCACCAAAGCCCAAGAUCCACCCAUAUGCCUCCUGCUCUCUGGCCUUCUCCAGUCAGAAAUUCCUCAGCCAACAGACCCAACGCAGGCACCCCUCUCAGACUCUCCUUAGACCAUCUGAAAGAGACCUCCUCCAACCAGAGGAUCCCUGCCCAGGCAAUCAAAAUCAGCGAUUUUCAGAUCCACACAGCCCUAGUGUCAAACCUGAGGGUCAGGAGGCCAAGAACAGGGCCCAACAAUUGCUGA